AUGAGUGCGGCGUUUGCAUUUGGUUUUGGCGGCGAUGAUAUUGGCAUCGACGAGGAUGGCAACGAGUCUGGCCUGACUGAUGAACAUCAGCGUGUCGCUCAAACUAAACGUGAAACCCCGGGUCAACCCGAUCAAGAAAUUCAAGAAGCUCAGAAGAUUGGGCUGGAUGAGAUAUUCUCGUCACUCCCCUCUCAAAUUUCAUUCAACAAUCUCUCGAUAUCCGAUCCAAGUCUACGGCCAUCGACCAUCCGCAUUCCUCGCCGCGAUGUCUUCGAUAUUCGGGCACAGUUAAUGGCCGAGGAUGACUCGGAGGAAAAUGCGAACGAAAGGUUGAUAAGUGGCCUGGAAACAGGCGAUAUCACGCCUGCUGUUUAUGAAGGCGGGUUCAAGACGUGGGAGAGUGCAAUUGAUCUCUCCACCACGGCAAUUACAAAGUAUGGUUCAAGUUUAGAAAAUGGGACACACGAUUUGGAAUUCAUAGAGUUAGGUGCGGGGACAGCUAUACCCUCUCUCGUUUUCUUACGCCUAUUCCUUCGGAACCAGCGGUCUGCCGAUGGCACCACCCAGCCACCAAAAAGAAAGAUCAAUUUCACCUUUGCAGACUAUAAUGCUGCUGUGUUGAAACUUGUCACUUUCCCAAAUAUCCUACUUACUUGGUAUACGUGCUGCAAAAAUCCCACAGCAGAGGCCCUAUCAGAGCUUGAAAUCGACUCCAGCCUCUUAGAUUCUUUCCGCCACGACCUCUCGACCCGCGGAAUAACCCUCUCAUUCAUUUCGGGUGGCUGGUCGCCCUGUUUUGUCGAUCUUGUAGCCUCCGAGUCAAGCCCUACAAACCAGAUCAACACUCAAGAAACCUUCAUACUCGCUAGUGAAACAAUCUAUUCUCCCGCAUCAAUCCGUCCAUUCGCAGAAACCGUGACUGCAUUGAUGCGUCGUAAAACAGGAUUUGGAUCAGACAGUGCCCAAGACAAAGCGACGGCGAGAGCUCUCGUGGCAGCCAAAAAAGUGUACUUUGGAGUGGGAGGAGGUGUGGACGAAUUUCUAGAAACAUUAAAAGGAGUCGCAGGCGAAAAUUUGCAGGUGCGACAGCUGAACGAUAUUGGAGACCAAGGUGUGGUGCGAGUGGUCCUUGAGAUUACGGUUUGA